UGUCUGUCUGUAAUAAUUUUUCUCACAAGUCAUCAAAAAUCCAAUCUUGAAUUUCCUUUCUCCAUGUUUGAACUUUUUUCUAUAGAGCUAGAGUGUGUUUCACUGUUAUAUGGAAAGUAUAGGUUUUCUAGCUCUAUAGAGCGUGAUUAUAAUUCAACAGUUGAUCUAGAUAGAGUGGCAAAUUGUGGUGGUGGUGGUGGGCGUGUGACAACCGUUUUCCACCACCAAAUGAAGAUCGCAAAGAGAGAGAGUGUGUGUGAGAGUGCACUGCACUCAAAGGAACAUUAACAUGCUUGUGCCAGCAAAGUCAAGCUUUUCGGCCAACUUUUUGAGUUCAACAUGCUCUGCCCAGGUUCAUGCAACUAACGGGCUAAAUUAUAUGGCUACUUAGCUCAAAAUCUAUGUCUUCUUUGGUGGGUUCCACAAAUGGUCUGCCAUUUUUUUCUGUAGCUGAAAAACAUGGAGGUCCACUUUCAAUCCUGGACCCACAAAUUCACAACAACAUCAUCAUCAUCAUAGCUAUAGCCCUAAGUUAUUAUCUAGUUGAUGAGGAUAGAAUAUAUAUAUAUAUACUAGGGCAAACUUAAUAAGCAACUUAUUGUAAAGAUGUGUCACCUGCACAAAAUAAAGCAAUCCCAUUGGUUGAAUCUUGAAAUAGAAACUCUGUGUUUCUCUCCAUUUCUCAUUUAUUAUUCUUUUGUUCAUCACUCAGGAGACUGAAGACGCUUAUUAUCAAUGGAUCAGAUGGAAUCUUGCGUACCACCAGGCUUUAGAUUUCACCCAACAGAGGAAGAACUUGUGGGUUACUACCUCCAGAGAAAGAUUAACUCACUGAAAUUUGAUUUAGAUGUUAUUAUUGACAUUGAUCUCUACAAAAUGGAGCCAUGGGAUAUCCAAGCAAGAUGCAAGCUAGGGUAUGAUGAACAAAACGAGUGGUACUUCUUCAGCCACAAGGACAGGAAAUAUCCGACCGGAACUCGAACUAACAGAGCCACUGCUGCCGGAUUUUGGAAGGCAACAGGGAGAGAUAAAGCUGUGCUUUCAAAGAAUAAAAUUAUAGGGAUGAGGAAGACCCUGGUUUUUUACAAAGGUCGUGCACCCAAUGGAAGGAAAACUGAUUGGAUCAUGCAUGAAUAUCGACUCCAAACAUCUGAACAUGGACCCCCUCAGGAAGAAGGAUGGGUGGUCUGUCGAGCAUUCAAGAAACCAAUCUCUAACCAAAGGCCAGGUUACGAAGCUUGGAAUAAUCAUGGUUAUGGUGUCAAUGUUAGGCUUCCACCAUUUUCAAAUACAGUAACCUCUACAAAUAUGGCUAUUCAUCCGAAUCAAAGCUCAAGUUCUCAUCAUCACCAGCAGCCCUUUGGAUCGGACCCUGCAGAGCUUGUUUCUAGCCAUAGCUUUUUGGACAAUAAUAACCAGCUCAUUGAUCUCCCACAACUAGAUAGCCCUAGUAGAGUAUCAACAAGCUUUGCAACCAGAGAAGGUCUCCAAAACAACAACAAUGGUGCUUGUAAUGAAGAUUUCGAUGAAGAAAGAAGCAAUAGCAGUACCCAGUUCAUUGACUGGAAAAAUUUGGAUUGUUUACUUGCAUCACAAGUGUUCGAUUCAACGUCUUCAUCUUCUGUUCCCAAUCCAAAUCUAUUGCCUUCCAUAACUCAGACCUAUGAGCUCAGCCAUAUCCUUGGUUGCUUUCCUGACUCAUAAUAACAAACAAACAAAGACAGAAGAAAGGAAAGACAGUACAGUCAAUUCUUAUCUAGACCGGUUUACCGUGGAUCGGAUCUUUAGUUGUUGCAUACCCAUGUAGUAGAAUAACAAACGUACUAGUAGGAGCUAAGUUCAAAGUCCAUUUUAGAAAGAAGUUGCAUGCUUAUCAUUAUCAUUUAUGAAGAAGAAGAAGAAGAAUUUGUUGUGAUAAAGAGGGGAGAGAGUUCAGAAGCAAAUUGGACCUCUUCCCAGAAGUUGUUUUAGAGAGAUGAUCAAAGGGUGAAGCUUUUAAUUCACCUUUCUUAAUUACUUUUGGGAAAUUAAUUAAUUAUGUUUUUAUUUCAUA